CGCUCAUCUCAACCGACCGGAAAGAAGUAAAUUUGAAAAGCAAAUCACCGAGGGUGGUGUUUUUGGCAUUCGAAAUGUGUUUGUUCAUGACAAUUAUCAGAGUUUGAAAACCACUUCAAAUGAUAAGCUUUUGGGAUUUUUCCAAGACACCGAGGUGAAAACUUUGUCUCGGCUGGAUUUCCCAAGCUUCAUGUUUGACUUGAAGCCAUUUCCGGUUAUUCAAAGCCAACCAUGUUUGAAUGAUCAGCUCUUGAUUGACGUGAUUGGAAAGAUAGUUGCUCGAACAAGUGUUCAAACAAACUCAAAGAGAGGCUUCGAACAAAAAUUGAUGGAAGUUACUCUAGAAGAUCAUGAGGGGAAUCGUUUGGGUUGCACACUAUGGGGAGAAUACGUGGACCGUUUCAUGGAGAAUACGUGGACCGUUUCAUGGAUUGUUUGACCCAAAACAACCAAGAACCGGUUAUUAUGCUUUUGAGCUUUUGCCGCCCAAGACGCUAUAUGGGGACUGUUACUGUCUCUACUGCAUUUCAUGUUACCAAAAUGAUUUUCGAUGGUAAUUCUCCCGAGGUUGAAGAAUUUAGAGCAAGUUUGCCUCCACAAGUGGAUGACGGAAUGGGCAGCAUCGUUCUGAACAGUGGGGAUGCCGGCGACCAAGGUGUCAUCAAAACAACAACAAUAAAAGCUCUUUUGGACAACAUAAAGCCUGGGCCUUAUUGGAUUCUCAGGGAGAUUGCUUCAUUAAAUGAUUCAAGUGAUUGGUGCUACUUGGGUUGCACAGAGUGCAACAAAAAGGUCAUUCCGGAUGGUGAUAAGUUCAAGUGUUCGGGUUGUGCAGUUACUAUACCGCAUGGGGUGUAUAGGUACAAGGUCAGUGUUCGAGUCUAUGACCACACCGGUCACGCUUCAUUCGUACUUUGGGACCGUGAGUGUAAAGAAGUCUUGGGUGCAAGUGCGUUUGUACUGAGGGAAAUAAUGCUUGAGAAAGAGAUGGACCCAAACUUCCUUCCCCUUGAACUAAAUCGCUUCCUUGGUCGGAAGGGUUUGUUCCAUGUAGUGGUGAAGUCCGAAGUUGGGAGUUCAAGUUGGAAUGGACCAAGGGCUUUUGGGGUGAGGUCUUUAAUUACCGACCCUACAAUCUUGAGCAAGUAUGAACAUUUGGUUGUGAUUGAAGAUGAAGAAGUUGACAGAGAGAGUGAGGGUUUAUGGGCAUCCCUCGAGGAUUUGAGCCAAAAGGUGAAUGAAGUGGUAAGCUAAUAUUUUAAUAAGUGUGUCCCCUAAUACUAUUUAUUGUUAUAACAUUACUAAGAUUUUUUGACUCUUAUAUAUUGGUUCAAGUGAUCCAAUGUCUAGCCAGAGUGUCAAUACCAAGCCAAGAAGAAUGCUCGAUUUGGAUGAGAGUGAAACUCUGAAAAGGAAUCUAUUUGAUGAAAUUUCAACAAGUGCUAGCAAGAAAAUGAAGAUGGAAACUGCUGAAGACUGAACAUCACACUUCUUGGGACUGAAAAAUCAUUGUCAUUUUGUAUGCUUGAAUACCCCACCUAUUUUUGUGUAGCGGUUUGUUAUGGUGUGGGUCAAUUUCGGGUUUUAUAAACCUUUUUUGUUAUCGUAUUGGCUUAAACUUUUGAAAGUCAUAUUGUUUUAAGUUUUACUAGACUCGAUUGUGGCGUAAAGAAUAUUUCACUAUGCAUUCCUAAAUUACAUUCAAUAACUUAACAGAUUUAGA